CUCUAAUUCUUGAAACAAUGUUGUGCAUUUUCACAGCACUAGCUGUGAUCGGUUCGGUUUAUGCGCACUGCACCCAAGAAGGUGCACCAUGCCAUGCGCCUCCUCCACCACCGCCACCGCCGCCACCGCCACCUCCACCGCCACCGCCACCAGCACCUGUUGUGAUUCCCGUGGUUAUGAAUCCUCCGCACAGAAGAUACUCUUCUUCCUCCUCGGAAGAAAGAAGAUGCGGACGAUGUGGUCCUCUUAAAACGUCUUGUAAGGACGAAACACGCAAAUGUACGGAGGCUAUAAUCAGGAACUACGUUGACCACCAUGGUUGUAAAGCAGCUGUGAUAUCCUGCCCAUCUUCGAAGUAUCCUGUCACUUUGGAGACGAAUCUUGGACAAAGACUGUUUGAGGGCGCGUAUAAUCAGAUAAUGGCCAAAUGCAGCAGAAGAAGGAAUAAAUGGUACGCUCCCGAUGUCAAAGAUGACAAGGCCGAGUUUCGUACAGUAAGAUGCAUUGUACGCGAACCAAGACUUCAUCCACCACACCUCCAUUGAGUAACACUGUGAAAUGACUUCAUCCCCUGUUGUCUGCAAAACAUUGCCAUUGCAGAUCACUGAAUAAACGUAUCCGAUGCAA